GUUGCCAAUCGGUAUCAUUGUGUCAUCUAUGGCAUUGUUAACUCUGCAUUUAUAUUUUUUGCGACAGACCUAGCUGACAUAUUAUUGUUCGGUUUAUAUGUGCGUUGUUGUAAUAAAAAAACUAAGUAAAUAAAUAGUCUGCACAAGCGAGUCGAUCAUAGCUUCUAGCCAGUACAUAAUUGGAUUAGCAAUGGCUUCCGUCGCCGGUAUCAGUGACGCAUUGUCAGCUCAAAAUAUAGAGCUUGCUCCAUUACGAAGUCUAGAUGACUUUAUUUUUGGCUCUGCUCGUUUUCAACUACCAAAUUUAAAAGAUUUGGAAAAAUGGGGUAAUCGUGUAGUGAAGAAUUUGCUCUAUUACCAAUCCAAUUAUUUUCUUAUGUGUUUGGGAGUUUAUGGUUUUAUGAUCAUAUUAAAUCCUAUAAAAUUUUUUUUGGGGUUGUUUGUUCAAGCAAUGAUAAUGGCAGUAUUAGUGCGGUUUUUCGUAAAAAAGUCGGCGUCAAAUUUUAAGUUUAUUAUUGGCUGGUUCAACGUCAUCCAAGAGAAUACCUAUCAAAAAUGGUACCUUUUGGCCGGUGUCGUACUAUGCGGCUAUCUUCUAUUGCAUUGGUGGAACGCUUUUUUACUAUCGAGUUUUGCGUUUCUUCUUCCUAUAUCAUAGAGGGCGCCCAUGAGGACGUUUAAAGACUUGGCAGCACUCACACAUUAUGGGAUUUUGAACAGCUGAUAGGGGAAAUGGCAGACUGGCAGAAGAAACGCGCCAAAAAUAACAGACAAAAACAGUUCGUUUUUGCUUAAUGGAGAAAUGACGUGUUGAAAUGUUUAUAAUUAUUUGUCUUAAAAUUAAUUCAAUUGAAAUGUAAUA